AAGAAUGAUGCGACCGAAAGAUCUACGCCAGGGCUCUGGCACCAAGACCUUCCUGGAGGCCAUGCACAGUGGUAAAGUUCACCUCGCGCGCUUCAUCCUGGACGCUCUGGACGGACGCAUCAUCAACUCAAAGACGGAGAACAGCCGGACCCCGCUCAUGUACGCCAUCUGCCUGCAAGACCCCGGACCGAGGGUCAAGUUCACCCGGCUGCUGCUGGAGCGAGGUGCCGAGGUCAACUGCCAGGACGAGGACGGACGCACUGCCCUGAGUCAUGCCUGUGAGUUGGGUCACCUGGACGUAGUCAAGGUUCUGGUGCAGUUCAACGCAGACCCGGACAUCUGCGACGUGUGGGGUAACAAUGCUCUCAUGUACUCGGCCUUUUCCGGACACAGCCAAAUUCUGGAGUUCCUGGUGCGGGCUUUCAAAAGACUGGGACUAAGGCUGGACAAGAUCAAUAAUGCCGGCCACACGGCCAGCGAGGUGGCCAACUUCUUUGGUCACAACCAGUGUGUCCAGAUUCUGAACUUUUCCUCUCGGAGAGGUGUUGGCACCGACGAUGCCCUUGCUGCUGAUGUGGCUCCCGCCGCUGACGAAGGAGAGAGACGGCAGCCCAACAGGCUCCCUAAGCACGUUCUGGAGCGGUUCACCAAGCAGCUGACUAGUGAGGACCAUCUGCCAGGGGUUUUUAAGAGGCAGCUGAAGAUAGGAGACAGCAACGCGCUGUGGAGCCGAUUCAUUUCCCCCAAGAGCCAAUCUCCGGAAGAAAACCACCGCCUCAGGGCUCUUCCUCCUCAGGUAGAGAAAAGCCCAACUGAGGGUGAUCAUGGUGUCCUCUUCAGCGCCAAACAGCAGCAAAACUGCCAACUUAGAGAGCUACGAGGAGCUAAAACACUGACUGAGCCAAGCCAGAAGGACGUCAGCCAAGGACGUCCACAGCAAACGCCAGUGAGUUUUCUCCUUUGGGGAAAAGCAAAGUCGUUUAACGUGGACCUACUGAACAGUAGAAAGCAGUCCUAUCAGGGGGACGUGUGCGACGUGAGCCUGCCAGCCAGCAAAUUAAAGAGAGCCUCGCUGCAGGACGAGAGAUGCCUCAUAAACAAGGCGGACUGUCAGGGAAACACUCGGGGCAACGCUGACAAAACGGCGUCAGUGCCAAAGCCUCUUUUAGGCGGCAAGUGCCAGCCUGCGAGAGCGGUCGAGGAGACUGUGAAACCACAGAAAGAAGAGGCUAAUGACGGAGCGUCAUCAGGCAGGAGGGAGCAGCAGAAGAGGGGGAGCUUCGGCCUGAGCGGCAGGCAAAGCAAACUGCUGACUGCCAGAGGAGAGAUGGAGUCAGAGAAAAUCCCCGGACGCACGCCGGGCUUCAUGGGCCUGGGCACCAGGCUGAUGCGUCGAUUCACAGCACCGGAGUUCAUGAGGAUGGUGAUUGACUGCUCGUCGGGCUCCUCCAAAGGCAGAGGCCAGAUGUCUCGCUCGGAAACCUUCCCGCUGUCGCACACGCACCAGCAGGUCAACAGCCAGCCGAGCGUGGACAGCAUCAGCGGAGUCAGGUGUGAGUUUGAGAGCUUCUCGUCUCAGUCGACCCUCGAUUAGAGCGAGGACGAGGUGUCGAGUGACGGAGAAAACACAAAUCCUGAUGAUGCAUCUUUGGUUGCUUUCUUUGGUGAUUAUGUUCUGUUUACCGGGGGGUGAAUAAUACUCCUUUGCAAAUGUUGCAGUUUGUUAUUUUUUCCUAUAUUUCUAAAUAAAAAUGAAAAAGAAAUUGUUCAGUUUUACUAUUCUAUCUAUGAGAUAAAUGAACAUGUCAGUGUGUGAGCUACGGAAAAUAUAAAACAUUUAUAUUAGAUGGAAAUCAGUGUAUUUGAUAUCGCUUCUGUGUUUAUAGGAGACCUUGUUUGUAUUUUUGCUUAAACAUAUUCAGCGACUGC